UCUUUCUCUUUCCCCAAGCAGUGAGCCUCGGACAGUGCUCGGCUCCAGCGCUUUAUUUUAAGAUGAUCGGCCAAGGUCUUUGCAGAUAGAUUUUAUCUGAAGUUAAAUAGCAGGCGCUCGCCGCUCACUCGCCAAUAAGUCAUUUUUAAUAGAGACAAAUCGCUCUGGACGCCCCGGAGCGCCGGUGCCGCCGCUCCUGCCCGCGCCCCCCGCCGAAGGCGAGCGGGCAGCCCGGGCUGCUCCCUCCUUCCGUAAGUGUCCUGCUCGGCGGAUCCAGAGGGCGGCCGUGUGCGGAGAAGGGGAGGCAAGGGGGGGAGAGCCUGCCAGCCGCCCCGCCGCCCUGACAGUGCCUGCGCUGGAUGCACAGCGGCCGCGGGACCCCUCGGCGCGGAGCGCGGCCAGGAGAUGCGCAGGGGCGGCGGGCUGCGCCGCGGCACUCGGCCCCUCUAGGCUCGCCCAUGGAGCGUCCCGCGGAGCCCCGUCCGCCGUCGGAUCCCGCACGCCGCUGGUGAGAGCUUUGCUUGUUCUGUAAAGUGGAUGUCAGGUGGAUCUAUGCUCUGGAAGGAACAAAGAGGCAGCGAAAGCAGCGCGGGGGAAGUUUGAGCGGCGAGGAUGCAGGCUGUGUACUGGUACGCGGUCCUUCUGCUGCAGCCCACUCUCUACCUGGUUACCUGUGCAAAUUUAACAAAUGGAGGAAAAACAGAACUUCUAAAAUCAGGAAGCUCCAAAUCCACACUAAAGCACAUAUGGACAGAAAGCAGCAAAGACUUGUCCAUCAGCCGACUGCUGUCACAGACUUUUCGUGGAAAGGAAAAUGAUACAGAUUUGGACCUGCGAUACGAUGCCCCAGAAACUUAUUCUGAGCAAGAUCUCUGGGACUGGCUGAGGAACUCCACAGAUCUGCAAGAGCCUCGGCCCAGAGCAAAGAGACGGCCCAUCGUCAAGACUGGGAAAUUUAAGAAAAUGUUUGGCUGGGGAGAUUUUCAUUCCAACAUCAAGACUGUGAAGCUAAAUCUGUUAAUAACAGGGAAAAUCGUUGACCAUGGCAAUGGGACGUUUAGUGUUUACUUCAGGCAUAACUCCACUGGUCAAGGAAAUGUAUCUGUGAGCCUAGUGCCCCCUACAAAAAUAGUGGAAUUUGACUUGGCACAACAGACAGUGAUUGAUGCCAAAGAUUCCAAGUCCUUUAACUGUCGAAUCGAGUACGAAAAGGUUGACAAGGCUACCAAGAAUACACUCUGCAACUAUGACCCUUCAAAAACCUGUUAUCAGGAGCAGACCCAGAGCCACGUGUCAUGGCUCUGCUCCAAGCCCUUUAAAGUAAUCUGUAUUUACAUUUCCUUUUAUAGUACAGAUUAUAAACUAGUACAGAAGGUGUGUCCUGAUUACAACUACCACAGUGACACACCCUACUUCCCUUCAGGGUGAGGACCAACUUGUGUCUGAGACUGAAGCCUGGGGAAUAAAAGAGGUCGAAUAACAGGGCUGUAACCUCAAGGAGGAAGGCCACAUCUAUUGCCUGGAAUGUGUCUACCUGCUGCUGCUGAUGUCAAAUGGCUGCAAAUAUGUUAGUGGAAAACAAUCUAAUGUAAUUUUUGCCCAGUCAGCUCCAUGUAUCCAUCUAGGUGUAAAUCACUAUGGAUUUGAAAUAAAACCAUUCACAUACACUGAGACACACACACACUUUUCAGCUCACGUUAUUGAGAUUCCUGUUAAGAAAUCUUUCAUUGUCUGAUACCUAAGGAUUCAGCAUAACCUAUCAUCAAGCAAAAUGGAUUAACUAGACAGUACAAGGUUUCUAAGGCAGACUGUUAUGGAAAUCUCCUUGAAAGUCCUCUGAGUACAUGCCAAUCAAUAAUCCUCACUCAUGCAUUCUACUGCUUGGAGCAGCUGUACUGGUAAAUAAUACUGUAGGAAUAAGUACUUGUUAAAAUGGGAAAAAGUGUGUUUAGAGUUCAGUAUUCCGUAUUAUAUGAACACAGCAAAGCGUCGUGACUUUUCCCAGCACACAGUAGGCACAUUCAAGGUGGUGUUGGUGGCUCUUUUUCCAUGGAGCAAGCCCGUUUCUAGUAAAGAUGGGCAAACAUUUGGAAUUUACAUGUGAGCAGACAUUCUGGUUUAACGUUUCUCUGACUCUUUAAGCUCUGAUUCUUUAAACUUGUUUGAGUUUAGGCCAGCUAAACUGCUUAAAAACUGGAAUUGAUCUCUAAGAAGGAAAAUGCCUGGCAGAGAACAUGUAAGUUAUAAGUGGCUGUCUUAUCUUUAUUACAAAAUAUUGUAAGAAAUUCAAUAUCCUAGUCUUCAUUUGUAUGAAUGGUUUGUAUUGUACAUAAUUUAACCAGUGUUAUUUGAGCUGCUUAUUAAUAUUAACUUGUAAUUGUCUCUCUGCUUGUUAUUGUUUAAAACAAUCAAGGAAAUGAGGAAUCCAUUUUAUCAAUGUAGCUGUAAACUCCAUUAAAAGACAGAACUAUGUACAAAGCAUUUAUUCAGCUAAAGUAUUGUUGAAAGCUAUACAUAUACAACAUUACAGUCUGUCUGUAUUUAGAUAUUUUAUUUCCAGAGGAAAAAAUGAACUGUACAUAAAAAUAAAAAAUCUUAAAGUUGA